AUGUCUCUUGAUGCACACUCUACGCACACGGCAUUCAACUCACUACCUAUUGAACUCAACAAGGCCAUCGCUCAUCAUCUAGACACCGACAAUGACAUUAUCUCCUUCCGCUUAGUCUGCCGGGGUACGAAUGAUGCUAUCGACGCCGAUCAUGGAUCCUUCUGGCGCUACAGGUUCCGCGAGAAGUACGCCUCCAAGGAGGGUCCUACCAACAAGGAGUUAAGAAGGGCAUAUCAACGGCGCAGCAAGAUGCUUCGACGAGGCACUGGUUACGACUUCUUCCGUGGAUACAAGAAGCGUGAGCAGGAUGUUAUCGAAGUGCUCAGGGAUCUGAUAGUCGAAUCAUUUCAAGGUACUGUAGACUUCGACGAGUAUGGUCGACCUCACUGCAAGAAUCAAGACCGCCUGUUGGAGUUCAUCUUGAACUCCAAGAUCCUUCUCAACGAUCGACGCCCGCCAGACCAACGCACCAGGUCGGAGAAGAACGAAAAAAAGGAGAUCAACCCUAUGCUUACCGCUGUCAAGAUCAUGUGCUCGCCUCUCCUGUUCGAGCAUGAGGACCUCAAGCACCACAUCUUCGCCAUCGAACAACUCCAACGCGCUGCAUAUGCUGUGACAAACAAAGCUCCGAUCUACGAAGGCUUAAACUACACUGACGUCAACAUGGAGUGGAUCAUGAAGUGUCUCGACUUCUUUCGCUAUCACAUGAUGAAUCGAGAGACCAUGACACUGAGCGAUGCGAUGGAGGAUCUGUCUGCCUUGCAGAAGCCAACAGCCUGGCAAGAGCCCUUGAAACAGGGUGCCUAUCCCUUGAGCAAGCAUUGGAAGGGCACAUACUCUUUCCUGGACCCUAACGAACAACGCAAGCUUCGAGCUCUCCCAGAUGACCAUGAUAGUGACAUCUACUUUAGCGACAAGAACAUCGAUGAGGGCAAAAUCCAGCUCGACUUCGACCCAGAUCGCCAACUCAAAUGGCCAAAAGUGUUCGAGGAACGCCUGAACUCCUUGCGUGAGGUCCCUGAGGCUGAUGCGCCCCCAAAGACGCAAGGCCGCAGCAAGAUGAAGGACACUAUGAAAGCUAACCUGCAAUUUAUGGGCACCGGCAUGGACCUAGAAGAUGAUUUCCAGGCUAUAGGAUGGCUCAAUGCUCUCCCAGAUCAGUGCGGCAUACCCGGCUGGCAACGCAUUACGUUCAUGAAGCACUUCGCUGAGGACCUCGACGACGUUGACUCUGACAAUCUCUGGGCGUACGAGGGUGUAGUUCUGCCCGGAGGUCGCAUCAUCGUUGGCCGCUGGUGUUCAAUCAAGACUAACCUUGAACAGCGCGAUUACAACGGGCCUUUCAUCCUUUGGGCCGCCGAGCCUGAUGAGUUUGACGAGUCCUGCGACAGCGACUCAGAAGAUUAG